CAUUCCUGAAACACAUUCAGCGGCGGCGGGCAGAUGAGAGAGAAUCACCCCGUCAUCCCGCAUCCACACAGCCACCUUCCUCCUCCUCAUCUUCACCCCAUCACCACCACCACCAUCAUCAUCAUCAUCAUCUGACGGACUGACUUCAUCCGGCUGGCAGGACUCACUUUUUUAGGAAUUAUUCGUGGGAAAAGGACUGAGGAAAACUAAGUGACACUCAAUCGGUGCCUUUGGAGAACUUCGCUAAACUCACUUUUUGCGGAUAUAAACACAUGUUAUCCAUAUUUUCCACACAUGUAAUGCCUGAACAUAACAUUUGAGGGGCGUGUCAUGUUAUUCCUGUUGGUUUUGAGGAUAAUUAUCUUCGAGGACGAGCUAAAAUCAGCUAGCCUGCUAGCCGAACGUCUUUAUUAGCCGGAUCAUUAGCAUCAGUUAUUUUAACCCGUUAAAGUUAAACAAACUGGGAAUUUUUUGAAGUUUACAUACUUGACAUGGUUUGACACUAUUAUUUGUUAUUAUUAAUACACGUUUUUUUGUAUUUAUAUGAGAAAAUAACAGUUAAGAUACAUUGUGUGGCGAGAAUGUUGUUAGCUGGUUAGCUUGAGUAGCUACAGUAACACUUAAAUAUCUGUAAAUUAAUCAAUUUGGAACCAUGUCUGGAGAAGUGCGUUUGAAAAAGCUGGAGAAACUGAUCCUGGAUGGGCCUGUCCAGUCUAAUGGACAGUGUUUUAGUGUGGAAACUCUUCUGGAUGUUCUCAUCUGCAUUUAUGAUGAGUGCAUCAACUCCCCACUCAGAAGAGAGAAGAACAUUGCUGAGUUUUUGGAAUGGGCCAAACCGUUCACCUCUAAAGUGAAACAGAUGCGAUUGCACAAGGAGGACUUCGAGAUACUCAAGGUCAUUGGUCGAGGAGCUUUCGGUGAGGUAGCAGUUGUAAAGGUGAAAAGUUCAGACAAGGUGUUUGCCAUGAAGAUCCUCAACAAGUGGGAGAUGCUUAAAAGAGCAGAGACAGCGUGUUUCCGGGAGGAACGUGACGUGCUGGUGAAUGGGGACAGUCAGUGGAUCACCACGUUGCACUACACUUUUCAGGAUGACAACUUCCUGUACCUGGUGAUGGAUUACUACGUGGGUGGUGACCUCUUGACUCUUCUCAGCAAGUUUGAGGACCGUUUACCAGAGGACAUGGCCCGAUUCUACCUGGCAGAGAUGGUUCUGGCGAUCGAUUCUGUGCAUCAGCUGCACUAUGUUCACAGAGACAUCAAGCCAGAUAACAUUCUCAUGGAUGUGAAUGGACACAUUCGGCUUGCAGAUUUCGGCUCCUGUCUUAAACUCAGGGAGGAUGGAACGGUGCAGUCGUCUGUGGCUGUGGGCACUCCUGACUACAUCUCUCCUGAGAUCCUGCAGGCUAUGGAGGACGGGAAAGGGAAAUAUGGUCCCGAGUGUGACUGGUGGUCACUGGGCGUCUGCAUGUACGAGAUGUUGUACGGGGAAACUCCUUUCUAUGCAGAGUCCCUGGUGGAAACGUAUGGCAAGAUUAUGAACCACAAGGAGCGGUUCCAGUUCCCUGCCAAUGUGACGGAAGUCUCGGAAAAUGCCAAAGACCUGAUCCGCAGACUCAUCUGCUGCAGAGAGCACAGGCUGGGUCAGAACGGCAUUGUGGACUUCAAACAGCACCCCUUCUUUUCCGGCAUUGAUUGGCAGAACAUCCGCAACUGUGACGCCCCCUACAUCCCUGAAGUCAGCAGCCCAUCUGACACAUCAAACUUUGACGUGGAUGACGACUGCCUCAAGAAUACAGCAGAGACAAUGCCACCUCCUUCCCACACUGCCUUCUCAGGACACCAUCUCCCAUUUGUAGGUUUCACCUACACCAGCAACUGUACACUGUCUGACCGCGGUUGCCUACGGGAGUCUGCGGCCCCUACGCAGAUGGACCUGGGCGUGCAGCGAGGCCUGGAGGACAGUCUGGCUACUGAGGCAUAUGAACGGAGGAUCCGGCGUCUGGAGCAGGAAAAACUGGAGCUCAGUCGCAAACUACAAGAGUCCACAAAAGCAGUUCAGGCUCUGCAGCACUCCAGCGCGGACGGGCCCGUUUCCUCCAGCAAAGAGUUUGAGAUCCGUGGACUGAAGGAGGAGAUAGAGAUGCUAAGGAAACAGAUCGCAGAUACAGGACAGGUGGAGCAGAAGUUAGAACAGGCCAGUUUUGCCCACAGGGAUCUGGAAGACUCCUCCAAACAGAUCCGAUCUCUAGAGAAACAGCUCAAGAGCAUGAAGCAGGAAAGAGAUGACCUGCAGAAGGGUCUGCAGGACUCCUCAGAGAAGCUGAAAGCUCAGGGGAAGGAGCUGAAAGAGGCAGACAGCCAGAGGAAAAUGGCCAUGCAGGAGUUUGCAGAGUUGAGCGAGAGGGUGACAGAGCUGCGGUCACAGAAACAACGACUCUCCCGACAGCUUCGGGACAAAGAGGAGGAGAUGGAUUCCCUCAAUCAGAAGGUGGAAGCGCUUCGGCUGGAUGUGCGCAAAGCUGAGCGGGCCAAGAAAGAGAUGGAGGCCCAGACUGAAGAGUGGUCUGCUGAAGCUCAGAAAGAGAAGAAGUUGAGGGAACGCAGUGAGCAGUACAGCCGACAACUGGAAGAAGAGCUGGAGGGAAUGAAGCAGCAGAAGCAGGUGGGCCGUUCUCCAAGCGCUGGGGCCUCUGAGCAGAACCAGGAGCUCAGUAAAUUACGAGCAGACCUGGAGAAGAAGAGUCUGUUCUAUGAGGAAGAGCUGUCACGCAGGGAACUACAACAUGGCAACGAACUGAAGAACCUGAAGAAGGAGCUGCGGGAAGCAGAGGGACAGCAGCUCACCUUGAAGAAAGAGAUCAUGAUGCUCAAAGACAAGCUUGAGAAGACCCGCAGAGAGGGGCAGAGCGAACGAGAGGAGUUUGAGGUCGAGUACAAACAGAAGUACGAGAGAGAGCGAGUGCUGCUGUCAGAGGAGAACAAGAAACUUUCCAGUGAACUUGACAAGACGAUGUCCUCGUUUGAGAAGUUGAGCAGCAGUAACAAACAGCUGGAGGAGGAAAUGAGAGAACUGGCGGAUAAGAAAGAGAGUGUGGCCCACUGGGAGGCUCAGAUCACAGAAAUCAUUCAAUGGGUCAGCGAUGAGAAAGAUGCUCGAGGAUAUCUGCAGGCUUUGGCUACUAAGAUGACAGAAGAACUGGAAGGACUGAGGAACACCAGUCUGGGUGCACGUGCUACUGACAUGCCAUGGAAGAUUAGACGUUUCGCUAAGCUGGACAUGUCUGCCCGUCUGGAGCUGCAGUCUGCACUGGAUGCCGAGAUUAGAGCCAAACAAACCAUCCAGGAUGAGCUCAACAAAGUCAAGGCGUCCAGUAUGGCCACUGAGUGUAAGCUGGAUGAGUUGGAAAAGAAGAACGAGGACCUGCAGGCAGAGAUCCAGAGGCUAAAACUGGAAACUGAGAAUCUGCGAUUGUCUAAAGGGGUCAAGCACCAAGACUCCCAGAAUUCCUUCCUGGCCUUCCUCAAUGCUCCAACCUCCGCCGUGGAUCAGUUCGAUCGCUCCACUGCCAGUGGGCCAUCAGGCAAAGGCAGACCUAUUGAUUCCAUCGAUAACUUCAGCCUGUCCAACACACCAUCCCGGGAGGAAGAUGGAAGAUCCCAGGUCACGUCACACUCUCGCUCGCCCUCAACUACCAGCGAUUUGCAGGAGUCUCAAGAGCAGGUAGAUCAUCCACAACGAGGCGCUCAAACACCCGUUCGAUCAGGAUACAGCAGCUCUGGUCACAGCACACCUAAACCAAAGGCCCAUCAAUUCGUGGUGAAGACCUUCAAUACGGCCACUAAGUGCAACCAGUGUACUUCUCUAAUGGUGGGAAUCAUUCGGCAAGGCUGUACUUGUGAAGUCUGUAAUUUCUCCUGUCAUGUGACGUGUGCGGACAAAGCUCCUGCCGUGUGCCCGAUCCCACCGGAUCAAACCAAAGGGCCGCUGGGUAUCGACCCCCAGAAGGGCAUCGGCACAGCUUAUGAGGGCCACGUCAAGGUGCCGAAACCAUUAGGUGUGAAGAAGGGGUGGCAGAGGUCCAUCGCGGUGGUCUGUGACUUCAAACUCUUCUUGUAUGAUCUCCCAGAGGGCAAAACUGCUCAGCCUGGUGUCACAGUGAACCAGGUUAUUGACAUGAGGGACGAGGAAUUUUCAGUUAGCUCAGUUUUGGCAUCAGAUGUCAUUCAUGCGAACAGGAAGGACAUUCCCUGUAUUUUUAGGGUGACAGCGUCACAGCUCUCCUCAUCCAGCAAUAAGAAAUGCUCCAUCUUGAUCCUGGCCGACAGCGAUCAGGAAAGAACCAAGUGGGUUGGCCUACUGAACGAGCUCCACCGCCUCUUGAAGAAGAGCAAACUUAAAGAACGCUUCGUUUACGUCCCUAAAGAAGCGUAUGACAGCACAUUGCCUCUCAUCAAAACCACACAAGCUGCUGCUAUUAUAGGUACAAUCCACCACAUCCCCAUAAUUGUAGGUUUAUAAUGUUAAUGU